CGAUGUUGACUUUUUUUUUUUUUCUCGCCUCACUGGAUGCCAAAUUGGUCAACCAUCGUUACUCGGUUUUUUGCUUCUCUCUCUAAAAUUUGACAUUGUCUUUAUUUAUACAUAAUUUGUUGUUGUCUGCAUUUGCGAAAUAGUUGACAAAAAAAAAGAUAAUAGUAGUGGCGGUGGGGAUAUGGAGGGGGUGAAGUCAUCGGAGUUGGCCGGAGUGUGGAAGAGGGUGGUGGUUGUCGGCGGCGGCGUAGCCGGCUCUCUCAUUGCUAAGUCUCUUCAAUUUCAUGCAGAUGUUACCCUCAUUGACCCGAAGGAAUAUUUUGAGAUACCAUGGGCAAGCUUGAGGUCAAUGGUGGAGCCAUCUUUUGCGGAGAGAUCCUUAAUUUACCACAAAGAUUAUCUUACGAACGGGCGCCUCGUCGUAUCGAAGGCAAUAAGCAUCUCUAAUUCUCAAGUAUUAACUGCCGAAGGCCGUCUAUUUACCUUUGAGUAUCUCGUGAUUGCCACCGGCCACAACGACGACUUCCCGAAAACAAGAUCCGAGCGGCUCAAAGAAUUCAAAAUAGUACACGAGGAGAUAAGAGCUGCAAACACCGUUUUGAUAGUCGGUGGGGGGCCCACCGGAGUCGAACUAGCCGCAGAAAUCGCCGUCGAUUUUCCGGAAAAACGGGUUAUUCUCGUUCACAGCGGGUCCCGUUUAUUGGAAUUCAUAGGACCGAAAGCUGCUAACAGGACAUUGGAUUGGCUGAAAUCGAAGAGAGUGGAAGUGAAACUGCAAUGUUCGGUUGAUCUAAACGUAUCCUCUUACGAAACCAAAACUUACGUAACGUCAUCCGGAGAAACUAUCAAGGCGGACUGUCUUUUCGUGUGCACCGGAAAACCCACCGGCUCGGCUUGGCUGAAAGAAACGGCGUUUAAGGACAGCUUAGACAGCUUCGGAAGGUUGAAAGUUGACGAAAAUUUCAGAGUUAAAGGACACACUAAUGUUUUUGCUGUUGGAGAUAUUACAGAUGUUAAGGAAAGUAAGCAAGGGUACUUGGCACAAAAGCAUGCUCUAAUGGCUGCAAAGAAUUUGAAGGUAUUAAUGAGUGGAGAAAAAGAAACGAAAAUGGCGAGUUAUAAACCGCAGACGAUCAAAGUUAUUGUUUCGUUGGGGAGACGAGAUGCAGCGGCUCAAUAUCCAUGGACAACCUUAAUUGGACGCGUACCGGGUUUGAUCAAAUCCAAGGAUUUAUUUGUCGGUAAAACGAGGAAGCAAUUAGGUCUCGAUGCCCGAAUGUCGGAAUAUUAAGUUUUUUUUUCCGUUUCCGUGUUUUGGACUGAGUUUGCGUUUUUUUUCUAAGGUUUCUUAAAUAUAUAUUUGUUUGUACAUUGUGUAAAAUAUGAGUUUUGCCGAGUUUAUUUUCACAUUUUG